GGGCUGGGCAGGGCAGCCUGACUUAAGGAGACCGGGCUCCCGCUGCCCCGUGGGACAGAAGAGAGAAGCAAGUCCCAGCGGAGCGAGGAAGAGGCUGCUGGCGGCCCACAAUGAGAACACUCGUUCUCCUGUUGCUGGUUCUCCUGGACGUGGGACAGGCCCAAGGCCCGCUUCACAGGGUGCCCCUCAGGAGGUAUCAGUCCCUCCGGAAGAAGCUACGGGCACGUGGCCAGCUCUCUGAGCUCUGGAAAUUCUGGAAUUUGGACACAAUGCAGUUCCCCGAGUCCUGCCCAGUGGACCGGAGCGUCAACGAGCCCCUCAUCAACUAUUUGGAUAUGGAAUACUUCGGCACCAUCUCCAUUGGCUCCCCACCGCAGAACUUUACCGUCAUCUUCGACACGGGCUCCGCCAACCUCUGGGUGCCCUCUGUGUACUGCACCAGCCCGGCCUGCAAGAAACACACCCAGUACUACCCUUCCCGGUCCAGCACAUACAGAACGCAGGGGAGUCAUUUCUUCAUUGAAUACGGGACUGGGAACAUGUCUGGGAUCAUCGGAGCCGACCAAGUCUCUGUGGAAGGACUGACUGUGUUAGGCCAGCAGUUUGGAGAGAGUGUUAUGGAGCCUGGCAAGACCUUUGCGGAUGCGGCCUUUGAUGGAAUUCUGGGCCUGGGAUACCCCACCUUGGCUGUUGGAGGGGUGACCCCAGUAUUUGACAACAUGAUGGCCCAGAACCUGGUGGGUGUACCCAUGUUUUCUGUGUACUUGAGCAGCAACAUAGAAACUGGCAGAGGAAGUGAGCUGGUAUUCGGAGGCUAUGACUCCUCCCAUUUCUCUGGGAGCCUGAAUUGGGUCCCGGUCACCAAGCAAGGCUACUGGCAGAUUGCCCUGGACAAAAUCCAGGUGGGAGACGCCCUGAUGUUCUGCUCCAAGGGCUGCCAGGCCAUUGUGGACACGGGGACCUCCCUCAUCGUAGGCCCCUGGUAUAAGAUCAAGCAGCUGCAGAAGGGCAUUGGGGCAGAGCCUGUGGACGGAGAAUAUGUUGUGGAGUGUGUCAACCUCCAAAUCAUGCCGAACAUCACCUUCACCAUCAAUGGACUCCCCUACACCCUCCAACCAACUGCCUACACCCUGCCGAUCGAGGAUUAUGACGUGGGUGGAAUGCAGUUCUGCACGAGUGGAUUUCAAGGUGAUGACAACGAGAUUCUAGGUGGUCCCUCCUGGAUCCUGGGCGAUGUCUUCAUCAGACAAUUUUAUUCUGUCUUUGACCGUGGGAAUAACCGUGUGGGUCUGGCCCCAGCAGUGCCCUAAGUAGGAGCCCUGUGUCUGUGCUGCCCUGACAUCCCUUGGAAGUCCAGCUGGGCUGGUUAGGGUGGGGCUUCUUCAUUGCUGUCAAAAAGGCCUUUUCAAUAGAAUGCAGUCAGAGUUGCACCUUGAAUUAGGACCAAAUAGCAUGAGGACACCCAUGCACACGCUUUGCACAUAACCACAUGCACACCAUCGUGAUGGAAGAAUCGAGCUGUAUGCCCAUACCUUUAUUGUUUUUUGCUAACAUUUUAUUAUGGUCAUCUCCAAACAUGUAUAUGAGCAGAGAUUAUAGUACGGUCAUCUCUGUGCACACCCGCCCAGCUUUCACCACCCACCUGCACAUAGCCAGGCCUGUUUUAUCUGUACCACCUUCACCCCUCUCUCCACUAGAUUCUUCUGAAGCAAACUCUUAGCAUCGUCUCGGAUUUAUCUAUAAAUUCUAAUAGUCUUAAAUAUGCAGUCAGAAUUCAUACAUUUCCUACUGUCUGAAAAAUUGUCGGUCAUUUUUACAGUUUAUUUGUUUGUAUUAUGAUUCCAGCAAAGUCCACAGGUUGUGUUUAUUUGAAAAA